CCGCGGCCGGAGCAGCGCCGGGAGGCCGCGCGCUGCCCGGCGGCCCCGGGCAUGGCGGAGGCGGCUCCGUGAGGGCUCCUCAAAAAUGACCUCCGGCCGCUGCUCGCCCUCGUUGUUCCGUGUGGCUUUCGCUGAGUGUCGCCGCUGCCGCCCCGGGCGCCUUCAAGCAGCAGAACUGAAAGCCUCACAAGACAGCAAUGGCUUUUUCUCUAGAAUUUGAAUAUGGAGGCCACAGGGACAGAUGAAGUAGAAAAGAUCAAAUCAAAGUUUAUGUCUGCAUGGCACAACAUGAAAUACAGUUGGGUAUUGAAAACAAAAACUUACUUCAGUAGGAACUCUCCAGUCUUCCUGCUGGGAAAAUGUUACCACUUCAAAACUGAGGAAUCUGGGGAGCUCAGUACAGAUGGGUCCAAUUUUGAUCAAAUCAACACUGAGAUUUCGGGGAACGUCGAGGAGUUCCGCAGAGAUUUCAUCUCCAGGAUCUGGCUGACCUACAGAGAGGAAUUCCCUCAGAUCAAGGGCUCUGCUUUAACCACAGACUGUGGCUGGGGCUGCACGCUCAGAACAGGGCAGAUGCUGCUGGCUCAGGGUCUGAUGCUUCAUUUCCUUGGGAGAGCCUGGGUGUGGCCAGAAGCUCUGGACAUGGACAGCUGUGACUCAGAGUCCUGGACCAGCAGCACUGUGAGGAAGCUCACAGCCUCCCUGGAGGCAUCACUCACAGCUGAGAGGGACCCCAAGGUCCUGCCCCGGCCCCGGCGCCGCCCCAGCAGCAGGGCCUGGGAUGGCAGCGAGAUGAGGAAUGAGAUUUAUCACAGGAAAAUCAUCUCCUGGUUUGGGGACUCCCCUGUGGCAGCCUUUGGGCUGCACCAGCUCAUAGAGUACGGGAAGAAGUCUGGGAAGAUGGCAGGGGAUUGGUACGGGCCUGCCGUGGUCGCUCACAUCCUGAGAAAAGCUGUUGAAGAAGCAAGAGACCCUGAGCUGCAGGGAGUAACAGUCUAUGUUGCUCAGGAUUGUACAGUCUACAGCUCGGAUGUUAUUGACAGACAGUGCUCGUUUCUGGAUUCUGGGAAAGCAGGCACAAAAGCUGUAAUUAUAUUGGUUCCUGUGAGACUUGGUGGAGAGAGAACAAACACAGACUACUUGGAGUUUGUAAAGGGAAUUUUAAGCCUGGAGUACUGUGUUGGCAUUAUUGGUGGCAAACCCAAGCAGUCCUAUUACUUUGCUGGAUUCCAAGAUGACAGUUUGAUUUACAUGGAUCCUCAUUACUGCCAAUCUUUUGUAGAUGUCAGCAUAAAGGAUUUCCCUCUUGAGUCAUUCCACUGUCCUUCCCCCAAAAAGAUGUCAUUCAAGAAAAUGGAUCCGAGCUGCACAAUAGGAUUUUACUGUAGGACUGUGCAGGACUUUGAGAAGGCUUCUGAAGAAAUCACCAAGAUGCUGAAAUCUUCAUCCAAGGAGAAAUAUCCCCUGUUUACUUUUGUCAAGGGCCAUUCUAGAGACUAUGACUUUGCUUCCAGUCCACUCCAUGAAGAAAAUGACCUUUUCUCUGAGGAUGAGAAGAAAAGACUGAAGAGAUUUAGUACAGAGGAGUUUGUCUUGCUUUAAGGACAUUUUACACAAGAGCACCGGCAGCUGUCCAGGAGAACACUUGCCUUUUAACUAUAAAAAGUACCUGAAUUCCUCCCCAAAAAGGCAAGCCUGUGCUGAAAUUGGUCUAUUUUCAUAAAGAUGAUAAUGUUUUAUAUGUUAAAAGUCUUUAAGAUGUCAGUUACUAAUGUAUGUACUAAUUAUUUUUGCUGGCUGGAGGAGUUUGUGCCGCUGUGGUGGUGAGGGAGAAGCUUUGCUCAGAGCCAGGUGUGCUGCAGGGCCUGGCAGCCCCAAAUCCCAGUCCCUAAACCCCAAAUCUGUGCCCUCCUGAGCAGGGCUGCCAGGUGGGGCUGGGCUUUGCCA